UACGAAAAAUAACUUCGCCGCCCUUCCAUCAGCAAGGUAAUCUGGUUCACUGUUCUCGCUCGACACAGAAUCUAUAACCUCCCCUGUCUGAGCUGAGCUCGACAUAAUCUUCUGCUAUUUAAGAAUACGUCUGCUGCGAAUCUCUUUCGGUCUCACUCUAAAUCGCCCUCCUUCCUACCGCCACAAUGUCAUUCUCCUCCCUCGUCCAAGACAUCGCCUUCCGCGACUCCUCCCAGUCCAAUGCGCGAACAAGCGCAAGCACGGCGACCAGCAAUGACAACCAGUCCACCAUCUCCCGCCCCUCGCAAGCUCGCUCAUACACCUCCACGGCCGCCACGAGCGUCAGCAUUGCAGGCGACAUCUCCAGCCAACUCCAUGCAGGAUACAGCCACCCACUCUCAAGAGCAUGGCAAGCAGAGCGUCAAUUAACAAAGUCCAUGCUCAUCUACCCUCUCUUCAUCACAGACAAUCCCAACGAAAUCACUCCCAUCCCAUCCCUCCCGAACCAAAACCGUCUGGGCCUGAACAAAAUACUUCCCUUCCUCACCCCACUCGUGCAAAAGGGCCUCCGCUCCGUCAUCUUGUUCGGCGUGCCCCUGGAUCCCAGCGCCAAAGACGCCCUGGGCACCGCAGCCGACGACCCCGAAGGGCCUGUCAUCCAAGCCAUUCACACCAUCCGCCGGCACUUUCCCUCCCUCUUCAUCGUUGCAGACGUUUGCCUGUGUGAAUAUACAUCUCACGGCCACUGCGGCAUCCUGCGCGACGAUGGCUCGCUCAACAACGCCAUGUCUGUCGAGCGCGUCUCCGACGUUGCCAUGGCCUACGCACAGGCUGGCGCCCACUGCGUCGCUCCGUCCGACAUGAACGACGGGCGCAUCCGCGCCAUCAAGCUCAAGCUCAUUGAGGCCGGUCUGGCGCACCAGGUCAACUUGAUGAGCUACGCGGCCAAAUUCUCCGGCUGCUUGUACGGACCGUUCCGUGACGCAGCAGGCUCUUGUCCCAGUUUUGGCGACAGAAAGUGCUACCAGCUCCCGCCUGGAGGACGGGGACUAGCAAGACGAGCCAUUGCAAGGGACAUCAACGAGGGCGCGGAUAUCAUUAUGGUCAAGCCGGCGAGCAGUUAUCUCGAUAUCAUCUCCGACGCCAAGGAGAUUGCAAAGGAUAUGCCCAUUGCGGCGUACCAGGUUAGUGGAGAGUAUGCCAUGAUUCAUGCGGGUGCGAAGGCGGGCGUGUUUGACUUGAAGACCAUGGCAUUUGAGAGUACUGAGGGUAUUCUGCGAGCUGGGGCCGGCAUCGUUGUGAGUUAUUUUACGCCGGAGUUUCUGGACUGGUUGAGCUCGUGAACGAGCCCCUGUUCCUGUUGUAUCUGAUAUGUGUGACGAGAACGAGCGUUUUGAAUUGAAUUGAGAUGUGGGCUGAAAGACGAGUUUGCGUUUAGACAAAAGAAUGGGCCGGACAUGAAAAGUGAUACAUCUAAAAGGGACGUGCCGAGCAGAGUUGUCACACAAGGAGGGAGUUCCAAGACGUGUUCAAACACAGAACCUUUGGCGGAAAUACCUGGUAUGGUGCUUCGUGCCUCCUGGUGACACAAGUCUUGCUCUUCUCCAUAAGGAGGGUUGUAUUCGUGGAUUCUGCCUUGCCAUUUGGCCCUUCUUGUCUCUGCAUUCUGGAUCCAAGACGUAUUAGACGGAAUUCAGCCCGUGUAACAUCUGGCAAUUUCAGCAAUUCUAUGGACAACAACAAUAAUAACAACAUGUGCGCCUGCUUGGCAGGGAGCAUCCAAGCUG